CCGGUGCGCGGCAUGGCGGGGCUGCCCGGCGCCGCCAGAGCCCGGAGCGCCUCCCCGGGCUCCCCCCCGGCCCUGGACGGCUCCUUCCUGCUCUCGCCGCUCGGGGGGCUGAUGUGCGCCCAGGCCGUGCUCGGUUUGCUGGUGUGGUCUCUCAUCGCUGCCACAACGUACCACCUGCACGCGGCCUACGGCUGGGUGAUGUUCGUGUCCCUCUUCUUCUGGAUACUAACGCUCCUUUUCUUGGUGAUUUACCUCCUGCAGCUUCACCAGAAGUUCUACAUGGUCCCCUGGCCCCUCGUGCUGAUGAUCUGCAACGCCGUGGCCACCGUGCUGUACAUCACGGCCUUCGUGACGUGCGCGGCCGCCGUGCAGCCCACGUCCUGGCGGCAGUGGGACUACAACCGGCGAGCCGCCGCCUCCUUCUUCGCCUGUGUCACCAUGAUCACCUACGGGGUGAGCACCUUCUUCAGCUUCCGCGCCUGGAAGGGGCUGGGCAGCAACGCGGCCACCAGCCAAGUGAGCGACCACGCGUGAGGAGGAGUGGGCAGCAGAGCCCGGCCACCCUGGGGCCACCCCGUGCCAGGCUCGGAGCCUCGUGUGCCACCAGGGCCCGCUCUGGGAGCAGCCUGGGCUGGCAGCAGCGCUCAGCACUGGCUCACGUGGAUGCUGCCCUGUGGUUUCUGAGGAUGCUCCCAGCUGAUGUGCCCACAGCACAACACGGACUCGCUGGGGCUGCAGCUCCUGCUCAUCCCCGGGGCUCACCUGGAUCCUCACCAGAGCAGCUCCGCUCAGGGGGCUCAGCCAGUCUGGCACAGUGCAAUACUAAAACUGACUAACCCAAGCCCAGGCUCCCCUCUCUGCUCAUUCACAGCUGCAGUGUAAGUAAUGCAAUUAACAGGGUGCAGAAACAGCGGCAGAGCUGGAAGAUGAGAAGUGAAGCAAGGGAAGCAGUCGUAACUGCUCUUCUAUUGAUUUCUAACAAUUUGAAUAGAGAUUUUAUGCUUUAAAUAAAAACAUUCCUGAAUCCA